GAUUGCGCCCCCAGUUCCGCUCCCCGGGGCUCGUGCACACGGAGAGCUCGGCGUCGCAGCGGUGCCUGGCGCACGUCACGUGCUUGCGCUUGGUGGAAACUUUGUUGGCACGGGAUCCCGUGUGUUUGCUUCCGGCGAUGGAGCGCGAGGGAGCGCGAGGGACGCAUGUGAAGCGCGCAGGGUAACGCAGGGCGUGGCUGUGUUGAGGACUGAAGCCCUCCUCCCGCUGGGCGUGGCCGUGGCGUGAUUGGCGAUGAAACGGAGGGCUGGAAAGGCGUUGGAGAUGGAGGAGCCUCUGUGCUGCUGCGAGUUUGUGAACCGCGACGGCGAGAGGAGCCACAUGGCGGCCUGCUGCUGCGACUGUGAGCACCUGGACCAGGCCUGCGACAGGUGGCUGAAGGGCGAGCCGCAGGCCCCGGGCUCGGUGUGGCGGGUGGCGUCGGUGGUGCGGGACCGGCUGCGGGUGCCGUGGCUGGGCGGGGCGCGGCGGGUGGACGUGUCGGUGCUGCCGCCGCUGCUGCUGCUGCCGCUGCUGCUGCGCGUGGCGGCUCUGCACUUCCUGCUGGGGCUGCUGGUUCUGACGGCUCUGCCAGGCCUGGUGCUGUGGUACUACUACGCCACGCACCGGCGCAAGGGCCGCACCCUCUUCUUCCUCAGCCUGGCGCUCUUCUCCCUCGCCUACAUGUACUACCUUUUCCUGACGGAGGUGCUGCCGCGGGGCGACGUGGAGCCGCUGCAGCUGGCCGCCGUCACCGCGGGCGUGGCCCUCACCCUGCUGUGCCUCGCCCGCACCAAGCGCGAGCCGGGCUACGUGCGGCCCCGCCCGGCCGACGCCCACAGCACCGUCACCUACCACAGCCAGCGGCCUGAGCGAGACCCCGCCCUCAACGGCGUCUGCCAGCAGGUGCUGGUGGCCAGCCGGGCGGGGCCGGUGGAGCGGACGGGGCUGGCGGAGGAGGCGGGCGGUGCCAACAGCGACAGCGUUAAGAGGAACUGGUGCCCCACCUGCAGGGUGGUGCGCCCCCCCCGGGCGGGUCACUGCCGCAUCUGCGGUGCCUGCGUCCGCCGCCUGGACCACCACUGCGUCUGGAUAAACAGCUGUGUGGGGCAGGCCAAUCACCGCUGCUUCCUGCUGACGCUCCUCCUCUUCCUGCUGACCUCGCUGUACGGGAUCAGUCUGGUGCUGCGCAGCGUAUGUCCCAGAGAGAACCUGCUGUUCGCCCUGCUCUACUGCCCCGGGGUGUACGCCCAGUACAGCACGGCGUUGUGCUUCACCUGCGCCUGGUACAGCAGCAUCGUGACGGGAGGCCUGCUGCACCUGCUGCUGCUGCAGCUGAUCAACAUCAGCUACAACGUGACGGAGAGGGAGGCCCGGCUGGCGCUGCGGGACAAGGCCGGCCGCAGCCACCUGUGGGGCCUGGUGGUCGACACCGGCGUCUACUCCCGCGGUUUCCGCAGCAACUGGGCGGAGUUCCUCACCAUGAGCUCCGCCCUGGACCCGCCUGCCCCCCGCGUCACUGACCUGGUGUAGCCCAAACGAUAAGGACUCUUUUAAACACGUCGCUUUUCAUGUUGCCUUUGUGACUGAUGCACUCAGCGCUGCUGCUCUUCACUGAUCCCUGCUGCUCCCCUCCUCACCCCACCGGACUGCAGUACCACAGCAGCUCCCCACCCUGCCCUGCCCCGCCCCGCCCCGCCCCACACUGGCCCGCCCGUCCGGAGAUGUCUGUGUGGCUUUUGCACCUUUACUGAGGAGGGGCAGGUGGAACUCCGCCCUGGACUGACUGAAACCUGAAGCCAUAAUCACACAGCUUCCAGCCGCUCACUGGGCGUGGCACUAGUCACAUGACCUUGAAUUGUACGUCAGCGUUCGACCGGAAAGUUGCGUUUCUGAGACGGUCCCCCGCUGUGACAGAGGGACGUGGCAGGCGCAUGCCAUCAGGGCUCAUCCACGUUGCCAUGGACACGAGCGUGUGGGCUGCGGCGUGACUCCCUCGAUCAGUGCCUUUACUGGAGCUUCUCGUGGAGAUUCACAGCUCCACUCGGACCGGACGGCGCUCAGCUGACACACUGAUGCUGUUUGUGGAAGUCGUUCAUGUGUGUAUUGUGCUUAGAUGGAGCUGUAAGAGCUAAAUGUCACAAUAUUUACCAAACAGAAACAUGAUACAUUUGCCUUUGUAGUAGAAACAAGGUCUUCCAGUCUGGCCUGAGACUACUAAGCACAGCCGAU